AUGAGCUCAUUGAUUACACUCAGUAAGUCGACUAAACUGAACGUUCCCAAGCUGCUGUUACCUCUCAGCACUCAUGUGCCUGUGAACAUCACACUGACAGCACAGAGAGGAUGCUACAAAUGGGUGUCCUCUAAGCCUGAGACUGUCAGGGUGUAUCCGCUCUCCGCUCUCAGCCCUCCGGCUCUGCUGCCCCUCUCCUCCUGCAGUCAGCAGUGCUUGGUGUCAGCUCUGUCCUCUCCCCAGGCUGUCCCUCUCCAUACUGUGGUCCAGGCACAAGACCCUGUGAGCGGUCACAUUCUGCGCUGUGAUGUCACCAUUAAUCGGAUUGAAAGUAUUCAGGUUGUCACAACCAUUCGGCAGAUUUUUACCGAUGACCCUCCCCUGCAGUUAUCGGUCCGGGCAUUUGACUCAGAAGGAAAUACUUUUAGCUGUCUGGCUGGCUUGAAAUUUAAUUGGUGGCUGGCAAAGGAGUCUGAUGCAGAACAGACAGUGAGGUUUGUGCGUCACCAUGAUGCAGGGUACACUCCCCCACCUCAUAUCCUGUCUCUAGAAGCUGCUGACAGACUGCACCUGAGUCCAGUGGGAGAUACAUACCUGCUACAGGGAUCCACCAUCAGAUACACUCUGUGGAAAACAGAGCAAGAAGGAGAGACUGAGGUCACUCUGUCUGAGGAGGGAUACGGUCUAGAGAUGGACGGAUACAAGGGCAGAAUGUACGAUCAUGACAUCAUAUCUGUUGAGCAGGAAACAGCUACUGUCACCGGCCUCAAGCUGGCAUUAGGUAUUAAAGAGGAAGAAGACAGAUGGGUGUUGGAGACGGGGCGGCAGUAUUGUUUGACUGUUCAUAUCCACGACAACAAGGGCCGUGUGGUUCACCUGUCACAGAAUGUGGUGAUUGAUGUGGAGGAGACUGAGGGGUUAGUGACACUCGAGUCUUUGUCUGAUCCCGACUGCCGUCUCCUGAAGACCAUCAAGAAAGGGAAGACUUUAAUACAGGCCUCGCUUUAUAGCAUCGUCUCUGAGCUGGAAGGAGGAAGUGGCUCUGUGACGUGGGAAGUGUCUGAUAGUGAAAUAGCCACAGUUACAGUAAAAGGGUUGGUCAUAGCAGGAAAGAGGAAGGGCCAGGCUGAAAUCCAGGUUUCAGAUUCCAGAAACAUCCUGCACAAAGUAGUCGGGAUGGUGAUGGUUGUGACGCCUGCCCGGUUGCAGCUGAUUACCCAGAGGGGCGAAUGUCGUGUUGGGGACAGGAUAGUCAUCCCCUUUGCUCUCUGGGGCAUUCAGGACCCACCAAACACUUGUUCUCAGAACUCAAUCUUGUUCUCCGAGAAUGUGAAUCUUCAAUGCGGAGAGUCUCUUCUGGAGGACAGAAAUCUUGUGUUUGUCACAGACUGCUCUCAGCUCUCUCUACACGUCCAGACUGAACCUGCUGGCAUCUUCACACACAUGUCAGGAUCUCUGUCUCCAGGUGCUGGAUUCUGUGGAGGGGUCCAUAUGGAGGCUCUUUCUCGGGGUCACGCUGUUGUUACCAUCACAGUGGAAUUAGAGGGAUGCAACAUCAGUGAAACGACAACACUGGUGGCCUACAGUCCUCUCAAAUCUCUUGUGUCUGAGGUUCUUCUCUCGGUGGGCUCAUCUCAUGUGGUUAUAUUCGAGGGGGGGCCUCAGCCAUGGGCCCCGGCUCCCUUACGUUUCUUUAGUGACAUCGAGGUGCAGCCGGAGGGGGGUGUUACCGUGGAGGUGUUGAGUCCGGCCGAAGCAAUGCCAGCUCGAUAUGCAUAUCAAGUCACGUGCACCACCGUGGGAGAACAGUGGUUGGUCUUCAGGUGUGGUAAUAAUCCAGGUCCGUUAAGCGAGAUUCUCACAGUGGAAGAGAGCAGAGUUCAGGUGGUGUGUGGCGUCCCCGCUAGCCUGUCUCUCUCUCUUCUCUCCUCCCCAUUCUCACCUUCAUCGGUUCACUAUUCCUGCAGUCAGCUUCGCUACCCCUGUGGACUGUUAUCUGUGUCCAGCACUAGGGAUGCAACGUUGCAGUUGUCCGUAUUUGACCGAAAGGGGGUGCAGUUUGAUAAUUACACUUCCUGUUCAGUGAGGUGGACCUCCUCUGACCCUGGUCUUCUCUCACUGAGCCCUCAGUUCACAAUAAAAGAGGAUGACAGACUAACCCAGAUGGGAUACAAACUGCAUGUUCUUCAGGCCCACGGACAGACGGGAGCCGUGACUGUCAAUGUCACUCUUACGUGUCCGGAGAUGUUGACAGCUCCAGUGUCUCAGUGUGUGAAUCUGCGUUUGGUAGAUGACGUACAGUGGACCAGACACUCUGUCACAUUAUUCAACCAUCCAAAAGUCACAGAAAUUCUGACUUUGAUCCAUGGCUCGGGUCACUUUCAUGUCAAUCUACAAGACAACCAGUUAGCCAGCAUCAACCAGGAGAACAGCAAUGUAAUACAGGUGUCUCCACUUCAGUCUGGAUCUUCAGUUCUGAUGGCACACGACCUCUGUCUGACCUCUGAUCCUGCUGUGGCCUCCUUUCUUGUCUCUGACAUCAAAGAUUUCCAGAUUGACUUCAUCAGUACUAUUGAGGUCAAACAUUCUGUUGUAGUGCGAGUGCGUGUUCUGGACUCAAAUAAUCAACCAUUUCUUCAGCACUACCUGUUGCUCAUGAACCUCAUGUUUAUCCCUUCUUCAUCCAUCAUUUCUGUGGAGGACACGGGGCCAGUGGACAAGUACAGUGUGGGAUUCCGUGUGACUGGGCUGACAGUGGGCGUGGUCAGUCUCCACCUCUCAGCAGUGGAUGGACAUGGGCGUGUUAUAAGCUCCUCCCACAAGAAUGUGCAAGUUUACCCUCCGUUUAAUUUGCAGCCCCAUAAACUUACUCUGGCAGUUGGAAGUGUGCGACAGGUGAAAUGGGAGGGAGGGCCUCAUCCUCAGUAUGGUGUCAAGUUCUCAGUGAGUGACAGCUCUAUCGCCGUGGUAACUGAGAUAGGACUGGUCAGAGGCUUGGCAGUGGGUGUGGUCAAACUCAGAGCAGCUCUUCAGACACAAAAUACAGAAGCAUCACCUACCUUUUUACAGGAUGAAGUGGAGGUGGAGGUGUUUAACCUGACAGCAGUGAGGAUACAGGCUCCUUUAGUGACUCUGUCUGUAGGAACAGAGAUGCCAGUUUAUGUGAUGGGGAGUGACAGCAGUCAGAACCCGCUAUCUUUGGGUAGUGUCGAGUCUGGCCUUAGUUUCCACUGGAGUCUGAGCAAAGUGGGUUUGCUGGAGAUCAAACCAAGGCAUGCACAGGUGGGCAUUAGUGUGUCUCCUUCUCACAGUUUUUCUGUGAUGGUGAGGGCCAGAGCUCCAGGAAGGACCAGCCUCAAAGUGUGUGUGCAGCUCCAACAGUUAGACACCAGCAACACGUCACUCUCUGAUCAUCUGACUGACGAGAUACAGAUACUGGUGUUUGAAGAGAUGCAGUUAACAGCAGGAAGCCCAGGAUCCAUCCUCAUGUCUCCUCUCUCUCAGUACCUCCUGCAGAGCAAUAAGGACUCAGUCUGUCCGGUGCAUUACACCUUUAGCCGGUGCGUCUCAGGAGCAGGGCUUGUUACUAUUAAUAAUGAAGGAGUGUUGAGGACAGGGCCUGAUACAGGCCUUGCUAUUUUGGAGGUUCAUGCCAUGGACAUCUGUGGUAUCAACCAAACACUGCUGAUCAGUGUGGAGGUGUCAACAGCAUGGUUUGUACAGAUUUUGACUGCGUCAUCCGUGAACAGUAACAGUGAUAGAGCAUUUCCUGCCUUCCCUCUGGGCUGGAGCAUCCGUAUCAGGGCUCUAUACUAUGAUAACAUGGGACGACAGUUCCAGUCUCACAAUAUACAAACACUGGUCACAGCUAACAGAAAUGACCUUGUACAACUGAUAGUUGACAAAGACAGUCCGUCGUUUUUGGUUCAAACAGCAUCACCCGGUCUAACUGUUUUGAGGGUGCAGGGAUACACUACAAACCCAUUUCUGAGCGAUUACACCCCUCUGUUUGUGAUGCCUGCCAUCCCAGAGCCCACAGGACUCCUGCGCUCUGGGGACGUCAUCUGUUUCAGCUCUCCCAUUACAGACCAGCAGGGUCGGCGAGGCAGAUGGGAUGUGUCAUCAAGUGAGAUCCUUCAAAUGAACUCUGAGACCGGAGUGGCAGUUGCAAAGAAUUCUGGGAUGGUAGUGGUUUACUACAGGCUAGAAGGGGGACAGCAAACCUUCAAAGAGGUAACAGUGGAGCCUGCGUCCAUGCCUGUGUCCACUCCUCCUGCUGAUAGGCUCCUCACUAACUGGCCUGAAGCUUCAGAAUACACCGUCAGAGUGCAUCUGAACACCUCUUAUGCCAACACAGCUCAAUGCAAUCUAGAUCAGUGGGAGUUCAUAGAGAAGAAACUACAUCCUGAGGCAGAGCUACUGUGCUCUUUACACUUUGGCGCCCCCUAUCCAGAGAUGAGAAUACUACAGGCUGUCUUUAACACAACACCCUUCUACAAUUCAGACACUGCUCAGUACAGCUGCAGGAUCUCUGUGCAGCCUCAGUCAGACUCCAUCCUCCAUCUCCUGUCCACUCGGUCUCUCUCCAUCCAUCUGUCUGCCUUUCUGCGGACUCAAUCAGCCCCAGGUGCCCUGCUGUCGCUUCCUCAGUCAACACACUCUUUUCAGUCGUCGCUUCAGCUCCCGUACGUGCCAGCCUUCCAUUGUCCCGUCACUAAGAUCAAACUUUCCUCCCAGCAGCCUGUGGCUGAAAUCACAGUGUUUGGCACAACAGACAUGCUCAGCACACUUAGGGUUCAGUCAGACACACCAGACAUUGUGUUAUCUGAUCCAGUCUGGUCAGAUGAAGACCCCACUGUCAUCCUUUUUUCAGUCUAUCCAACCUUACAUUUCCUGGAUCAAGUAACGUCUACUGCAAGCAUUUCCCUGUACACAGACCUUUCUCCACAAAAGCACAUUGUAGUGGUGACUAGAGACAGAGUGAUGGACAACCCAGAGUCAGGUCAUCUUGGAACAAAAUCUGGCCACUUGUUCAUUUCAGUAUUUGCUCUGUUUGCUGUACUGGCCACCACUGCUGCACUCUUCAUAGUGUACAAUACUGUGUACAACACCCUCACACAGACUGUGCAUGCAGUCCUCACACCCUCUACUAAUACAGACAAACAUUUCUACCUGUGGCUCACACCAUCACUGCCAAAACCAAAAGUCCUGCAGAGACAACAGUGGCUCUGGAGUACCAAAUAAUUUGCUGCAUUGUUUCCCCCUCGUGUUAUUCUUUCUGGGCCACAAUGAGAAUGAUCCUUUCCUUCAUAACGGCCUCUACAAUUAAACAGUAAACAAAUGCAAACUA